AUGUCUUGCAGGAAGAUUGAAGCUCUGGAGCACAUGCAGAGUCUGCAGAAGCUGAACCUGUCUGCUAAUCAGAUCGAGCACAUCCCGGCCUGGAUGGGGAAGAAGCUGAAGGCUCUGAGGGUCCUGAGUCUGAAGCAGAAUGUCAUCUCCUCAUUGCAGGACGUUUCCCGCUUGAAGCCGUUGAAAGACCUGAUGUCGCUGUAUUUGGCUGACAAUCCGGUGGCCGCGCUCCCCCAUUACCGGCCCUACCUCGUCUUCCACUUGCGUUCCUUGCACACUUUGGAUGGAGAGACCAUCACGGACCAGGAGCGGCAGGAGGCGCACCACCGCUUCCAUCAGGAGGAGGUGGAGAAGCUGGAGAAGGACCUGGAGAAGAAGAUGGAGGAGAUUGAGGACCUGCAGAGCCAGAAGACCAAGGUCCUCAGCGAGCUCCACAACCAGAACUGUCUGAACAUGUCUCUGCGGGAGGAGCUGCAACAGCAGAAGAAGAGCUGCAAGGAGCUGGGGUGUGAGAUGGGCACCAAGAACGAGCUGCUGAAGCAGAAGACGCUGGAGCUGACCCGCGCCUGUCAGAAGCAGUACGAGCUGGAGCAGGAGCUCGCCUUCUACAAGAUCGACGCCAAGUUCGAGCCCCUGGGAUAUCUGACCUCCGAGGAGGCAGACGCCGAGGAUGCUCCUGGGGAGAGCCCGUACAUUGGGAAAGCCAAGUACAAGAGGAACCUGUAUGCUCGAGAGGACUACAUCCCCAGUCAUGCCCAGCACAUACAGGUCGGGAAGAUCGAGCCGGAUACCGAUGACCAGAUCAGAAAUCAGCAGAUCCGGGCAAGGAUUCACACCAGCCUCGACGUGGACCUGAACGAAAAGGAGAAGAGAAUACGAUCCGCUGAAGCCAAAUUGACUGAACUGCGGCAGGAAAUCGUCCACGCCGAGGAGCAGAUGUUACAAGCUUCCGAGGAGCUGAAGGAGCUGGAAGACGCCGUCACCCAGAAGAAGGUUUCAGAGGCGGAGAAGGAAGAGCUGCGGCAGCAGCUGAGCCGCAGGAUCCAUCUCCUAAACCAGCUGCGGGAGGAGGCACAGGAGCUGGAGGCACAGAUGGAGCGCCAGCGCAGAGACAUGGACAGGACGCAGCGGGAGAUUGACGAUCUGCAGAGCCACCUCCGCAAUCUCAGUCCUCAGGAUCCCAGACAU